CUCUCUCUCUCUCUCUCUUUGGGUGCGUAAUGCGACAUCAACCUGCCCCCGAGGACAGAUACCAGUGAUCUCCUUUUCUCUCUGAGAGCAAAGCACCUCAAAUCAGUUCCAUUUUGGUAAAAUAAUAAUGCUGUCUUCAGAAAUAUUCAUAGUCUCAUGAAUAGAUGGCAAUCUGAAAGGAAUCUCAUUUUGACACUGUAAAUUGCUGGAAGAUUUUUAAGCAACGCAUUUGCGCCUCGCAAGGAAAUUUGGAUGUACUCUCGUUGUGUCUUGUUUAUAUGAGCAGCAUCCAUUAGGCAUUACGUCAUAAUAAUACGCACCUUGCCUGUCAUGCGAGAGGAGAGCUGUCACUGUGGAUGUUCUACGUGCAAUUAAUCAUUCUUGCACGGUUGUGUAGCGGCUGCGGUAAACAAGAGCUGUUCAAAAGGAUUCGUCGUAUUUAUCUGCGAUACCUGAUUUUGUUUAAACCAUUGGACACUCACAAAUGAGCAACAACAAAUUGAAAAACGACUUGGAAGUAGGGCUUAUGAUGGCGGACACCAGCAACACCAACCAUCGGUCCAACAAUGACGGGCAAGUGGAGGUGAUCGGAGCGAAUGCCUCUGAAGGAGGAAUGGGCUGCUGCGGAUUCCUUCUCACCAUCCUGUCUUGGAUCAUAGUGAUAUGCACCUUGCCUUUCUCUCUCUUUAUCUGCAUAAAAGUGGUCCAGGAGUACGAGAGAGCUGUUAUCUUCAGGCUUGGACGGCUCUUGUCCGGUGGCGCCAAAGGCCCAGGUCUGUUCUUCAUCCUGCCCUGUAUUGAGGAUUACACCAAAGUUGACCUCCGCACCAUCUCUUUUGAUGUCCCCCCUCAAGAGAUUCUUACAAAGGACAGUUUGACGAUCUCUGUGGAUGCUGUGGUGUUCUUCCGCGUCCAGAACGCAACGAUCAGCAUCGCCAACGUGGAAGAUGCCAACAAGUCUACCAGGCUUCUCGCGCAGACGACGCUUCGCAAUGUCCUGGGCACCAAGAACCUUGCAGAGAUCCUUUCCGACCGUGAGGGCAUCAGCCAGUACAUGCAGUCCAACCUUGAUGAAGACACCGAUCCUUGGGGAAUCAAAGUAGAGCGGGUGGAGAUCAAGGAUGUCCGCCUGCCUGUCCAGCUCCAAAGAGCCAUGGCUGCCGAGGCUGAGGCCUCCAGAGAAGCCAGGGCAAAGGUCAUUGCUGCGGAGGGAGAGCAAAAUGCUUCCAGGGCGCUCAAGGAGGCUGCUGACACGCUUUCAGAAUCCCCUGCAGCCCUACAGCUGAGGUAUCUUCAGACCCUCAACACCAUCUCUGCAGAGAAGAACUCCACCAUCAUCUUCCCCCUUCCUAUUGAUCUGCUCAACAGCUGGGUGAAAUAGUCUAAAAUUCCAGAUACCAAAAUCGGAAUAAAGUAUAUAAACAUAAAGUUGUAUUGAUCAGUGACUA